CCGUUUCGCGCCUUAGUCAGCUUCCGGUCGUGCACCGGAGCGGAGCAGAUGUGUCAAGUUGUGUGUUGUAUUUUAUAAUGAGAAACGGCGUUCAAUACGAAGGAAUAUAAAGGAAUUCUGCGUUUUCCGAGUACCGACGUGUCUGAUCGAAUACUUUGCUGUCCAUCGCUCGACCUCGAGAGGACGGUAGUGGAAGAGACAGGCUUCGAAUACGAGUGCCUUAUAAAACGUGUUUGCACCGAUAAAGCAUGUGCUCCAAUAUAAACGAUAUUGAUGAGAAUGUUGAACAUGGUGCAAAAGUCAGAUAACGGAAACGGCGCCGUCGACGAUGCCGGCCUCCGCACGCACGCGAAUUUGAUCGACCGCGACUUGUUUGCCACGGCCUUGAUGCAUUAGACGACCGUGGAUGCAUCAGACGCAAUCAGAAUGUCAUUCUUCGGACGGAAAAUGGGUGGCGGUGGAGGUUCCGAGCAUACUGGUCGUAACUUGCAGGACGGUCUGUUUCAGAUCGCGUCGCAAGCUUGCCAUAUCCUAGUGCAAGUGAAUAACACGCACAAUGUUUCUUAUGGGGGUAGCAAUAAUGUGAAUAAUAUCGCGUAUUCGAAAUAUUCCACGGCCGGCGGUUCGACUGCUCCGACAACAUCGUCAUCAACGAAAGGGACGACCGUCGACAAAACUUACCCGAAGUAUGCGGAGCCUCGAGAUAAAGACCAAGACGUGGUUGUAUUGUUGCCACACCGCAAGAACAGAGCACCGCGACUUAAGCACAAAUUAUCGACAGUGUCUGAAAAUGUACGGUUGGACGUGAACUCUCCAGGCGGCGACGACGACUUGGAAUUAUGGGACCAGUCUGGAUUUAUGUUAAGGAACGAUAUGGACGAUCCUCUCACGAAUGCAAAAUGGGGCGCGCAGAAUUGGUGCAGACCCAGUUGCAUACCAAUAACGAUCAUAUUAAUUUUGAUCGUUCUGGUCGUACUUUUGCCAUUGUUGGACCACGCGGCAGACAAAUACACGCUAAAUUCCACCGCAUUGGAUUCAGAAUCUACAUGCAUGGAUCAUUGCAGUAUAUCCUUGGUGGAAACUAUACCCAUAGGCUUAAAUUACAGUAAUAAUACUGCGCGACAUAAGACUAUCUAUGAUUCUUGGCUGGAUCUUAUUGGAAUGGCACAGGAAACCAUUGAAAUCGCGUCACUUUAUUGGACGAUGAAAGGGGAAGAUGUACUUCCCGAUAACAGUGCUAAGGAGGGAGAAGAAGUGUUCCAGGCGCUCUUAGAAGCUGGAAGAGAUAGACAGAUUAUAUUAAAAAUUGCACAGAAUCUUCCUUCUCGCUUGUCCCCGAAUGUCGAUACACAAAUUUUGGCUAGAAAAGCUAACGCAGUGGUGAGGGAUUUAAAUUUUGCUCGAUUGUUGGGCGGCGGUGUACUUCAUACGAAAUUGUGGCUCAUCGAUCGUACUCACUUAUACGUUGGCUCAGCCAAUAUGGAUUGGAGAUCCCUUUCACAAGUAAAGGAACUCGGUUUGGUGGCGUUGAAUUGUUCCUGUUUAGCAAACGAUUACGCUAAAAUAUUUGAUGUAUAUUGGAAGUUAGGCGAAGAUGGUAAAGUGCCUUCCACGUGGCCAGAUUCUUUCAGCACAAAAAUAAAUAUAGAUAAUCCUAUGAAUUUUACAUACAUGGAAAAUAAGUACAAAAUAUUUAUCGCGAGCUCACCUCCACCAUUUUCGCCGAAAGGCAGAAGCAACGAUCUAGACGCGAUCUUGCAUUGUAUUGCUAAAGCGGAAAAAUUUAUUUAUAUCUCUGUGAUGGAUUAUUUCCCAUUAACAAUAUAUUCUGCACAAAUAAAAUAUUGGCCUAUAAUAGACAAUGCUCUGAGAGCGGCAGCCAUCGAACGUAAAAUAGACGUGCGCCUUUUGAUUUCCUGGUGGAAACAUUCAAGACCGUCCGAAUCGUAUUUUCUUAAAUCGUUGCAAGAUCUGACGCAUUCUUACACCAAUGUCAAAAUUGAAGUAAAAAGAUUUAUCGUACCCACUUACCCGGACGUAGAUAGAAUACCGUUCGCGAGAGUAAACCACAAUAAAUAUAUGGUCACCGAUCUAGCAGCUUAUAUAGGAACGAGCAAUUGGUCGGGUGAUUACUUUAUUGACACAGCCGGUAUCGGUACUGUAUUUGAAAGCGUUGGACGUCAAAAUAGGGAUAAUAUAAGACAACAGCUGGAAAAUAUCUUCCACCGCGAUUGGUAUUCCAACUAUUCGUUCCCGCUAUAUAAUAUAAGUGAGACGCGUUUCGAAAACUCAUGGGGUUUAUCGAGAAAUUCAUAUCAGCGUUUGUUAUAUUAAACUUAUAUACAUACAUAAUUAUAAUAUAUAUAUAUACAUACAUACAUAUAUAUGUAUAUAUACUCGCCUUGAUCACGAUUUUUAAUUGUGAAAAAUUUUAUCGUAUCGAUUUGCAGAAAGAGAAUUUAUCUCAUUUCUCAAUAGAAACAAACAAAAUUCAUUUUUCUUUAUUGUGUUCUCGACUUAUAUGUAUAUAUAUAUAAUAAUUUUUAGAUUUUUUUAAAAUUUUCAUGAAACUUAUGAUUGUGCGCAGUAAGUGAAUCAUUGUAAUAUCUGGAUUUAUCGUUGUAUAUGCUACUGUCUAUUUGUGAGAUUUUAUAUGUUAUAUACACGUGACGUAACGUGUGCAACUUUUUUUACUGAUGUUCAGAAAUUAAAUUACGAAAUAUUGUAGCAUUAACAGAGGCUGUUCUAGCGGUAUAAGUUGGCUUAUAUUUAGGAAUAUGUAAAUUAAUAUAACAUUUUUUAUAAAAAUAUUUUUUGAAGUAUAAUUGCAUUAUCAUAACCGUGAGUUUUAAUUUAAGAUUAAUAGAUUUACAGUCUAUUUAGUCUUUAAAUACUUUUUAUUUAAUAUGCGAUCUUCUUACAUCUGUGUGUUAGUAAUUAAGUUUUUCUUUCAAAUUCUUUUUUCAAAAUCCGCCUUCUGAAUCUAUUUUUAAACCUUUAUUUCUCUUUAAAAUUUCCGCCGAAAAUACGCCGAUUAAAAUGAUAGACGGUAUCAGUUCUUCCUUCAUGCUGAUCUCUUUUUAUCUCUUGACCGCACAAUCCAUAUCGUACAUUUGCAAGUACACUUGUGUGCCUAACAAGCAUAUCAUUUAACAAAAAGGAUAAAACGUGUCUUACAAAAAUUAUUGACAGGCAUGGCAAUAUUAAUCUGCAUUUGAAAAAUAUAUCGAUUCUGCGUUCUUCCAUAUAAUCCGUGACCUCCUUAGAACUCAUAUCUAAUUGUUAUUUGUGUUGUGUCUGUUUAGUAGUAUAUAUAUAUAUAUACAAAAAAGGGACCUGAUUAUUAACGGUGUUUCAAUAAGUAUUAAAAAAAAAUAAAACAUUCUGAAAUGGUUUUUAUCCCGAUUAAAAAUAAAGGCUACUAUAAUGGCAACUACGAGGCUACAACAAGUCUUGCAAGUCGUGCAAAACAUUGAUAAGAUUAAGUAAUACUGCGUAAUUAAAUAAUUAAGGUUUUUACAUAUUAAUCUUCGUGUAUAAUUAUGUUCAUAUAUCUUAUGUGCACAAAUUGAAUAUUGUUAUGAAAAAAAGAUGAUAAUCAUAUCAAUUUAGUUUUUGUUAUAAUACUUUUGUUAUAGUACUAAUACAUACAAGGUAUCUCUAAAGUCCAUUAUUCCCACCCCUUGUAUUUCAGAAACAGUUUAAAAUUACGAAAAACUAUGAAACACGUUUUUGAUCAUUUCUAGAAAUUACUCUUUUAAAGGGAUUAGAGGAAUUGCCCUCUUAAGGAGAUAUUUCACAGGGACCGACAGAGGAGAAGACAAACAGAUUUUUUCAACGUAUCAACCUUCGGUUUGCGCCAAAAAUUUUCUUUUUUUAUGCCCUUUCAAACGAUGGACUAUGAUAUGAGGGGGAUUCUAUUUGAAAUUUUUUAGUUGGGGUUUUCUUGGGACAACUCCUUAAGGGGGUAAUCUUCUCCAACCCUCUUAAAAGAGUAAAGUAGUCUCUCGAAAUGAUUAAACACGUGUUUCACGAUAAUUUUGUACCGUUUCCGAAAUAUAGGAGGUAAGAACGGAUUUUAGAGACAUCCUAUAUAAUCUAAGUAUCGAAAUGAUUGGCUUUGACCAGAAAAGCCACCGCUUAAAGAUUAGAUUAGAAUUAAUAAAAUACAUAAUUGUAAUAGUAUUCAACGAUACCAAUGGCGGUGAAAAAGAGACGAUGAUAUCUAAAUCUAAAUUAUCAGUUAAGAACGAUAAUUGUUUGGAAAUGCGCAGUUUAUAUCAAUAACACAGAUCUGCAUAAUUUUACAUUUUUUCUGCGGUCUGAAAAAGAAGAGUAGUUUCCUAUAGUUUUUUGUGCGCUGAAUCCAAAUCCGCCAGGCAAAAUGGAAACGAAUCUGAUGUGCAAAAGACUUCAAAAACAGCUUAAAUGAAGUUUGAACAUAGAAUUUUAAUAUAAAAAUAUCGAAUCUUUUAUCGCAGGUACCAUCGAACUUUAGGCGCGCUUUGUUUUUAGGGGUGCGUGUAGUCGCAAGUUGUGUCAAGAAUAAGAUUGCUCGUUUGAGUUCUUUCUGAAAUCUCUUGCAGAUCGAGUUCGUCUGCUACGAAUUUUCAAAAAUGGUAAAAAACGCGUUUUUGGGGGGUUUCAACUCCACUUCUCUCGAAAACCUGACGUGAUAAGCCAUUUUACGUUAUAGAUUUGGAUUCAGCGCACAAAAAACUAUAAGAAACUAUCCUUUUUCAGAGCGCAAAAUCAUGCAAACCUGUGUAAUACAUUAUAUCUUAAAAUAGAAAUUUCUUGAGCAGUAUGUGUAUGUUAUUAUUUCUUUUUGUUAUGCAUAUUAUUUAAGAUUACACAAUGCUAUAGAAAAAGAAAGAAAGAAAAAUGAUAUAUACAAGAAAGUUUUGUGACUUAAUAAGGGGCCAAAAUACUUUUGUAUAGACUAUUUUUCUGUACAGCUUUGAAUAAUGCAAAUAUCAGCAAUAAAAAUUAACAAAGACUACUGUUCAAAAACUUAUGGCCGGAAUUCAUAGUCCGUUCUUAUAUUUAAGAUCAUCUCAAGUAUGGUCUUAAGAUGCUGUGUGGCCAUUUCAUUGGUUGAAUAGAAUCUUAAGACGACCCAAGACCACACUUAAGACGAUCUUGAAUGUAAGAAUAGACUAUAAAUACCGGCCUAUGAUUUACAUAACAAAAUUUAAAAUUUUCAGUAUAUUGUACUCAAAUCUUACCACACAAAAAAAAAGAAACAAGAUCGAAAAAGAAAUGAAUAAAUUAAUAUCGUCUUUA